AUGAUGAUGAUGAUGAUUAACAGACCACUGAAGGGAGAUCCUUUAGGUGCAAGGGCUAAAAACCAACAGAUCUCCUGCGUGCCCAUGGGCAGUGGAGAGGCAGUGCCGGUGUGUCACCUGUUCAGACUCGUCGCCUCCCACCUGACCGGCCUCCACACUUCCUGGAUUAUUCCGUCCCACCCUGCCGACUUCUUCUACUUAUUCUUCUUCUUUUUUAUCCUCCCGGCUCUUUUCUUUUCUACCGGGGGAACCGCUCUUGUCGUCCUCAGCUCGACACCUGGGAGGUUUUUAAUAUUUCGUGGGUCAGCGUUUGUCGUGUUGCGGGUCUUCCCUGCAGACCUCCGGCUCUCCGCGGUGCUUCCCCCCCUGUGUGUGUGCUGCCUCCGCUGGUCCACUCCAACUCCAGGCUCCUUCUUUCUGAGAACCAGGAAGCGGCUUGCCCUACUUACACCCAGUCGCGGAUUGGCUCUGGCAGGGCUGGAGAAGAGACCGCCGGGGUGGGCAGGGCACAGGGGAGGGAGGGAGAGGGAGAGGGAGGGGGAGGGAGGGAGAGCACGGAGGGGCUCCGGCUCUGACGCGAUAGGCCAGGAGCGGUGUCUGUCGCGGAGCCGGUGGCGGAGGAGGAGAGAGGUGGGCCGGUUUGGAGACCCCGCUCCUCCUCCUAUCUCAGCUUCGGGCAUCAUCACCGCCAUAGAUCCAGAGUGACGGGCAGCAAUUACAGUCCUGUUUAUCCCCCCACCUCUAUUCACGGCUGGUAAUCCAGGCUGGUCUGCC